AUGGACAGUCACUGCAGCCUACCGCCAUCGUACGUCCACCUGAUGGCCGGUGCCUGCAACAACUCAGCAGGUGAAGCAGCGGUGAUCCCUGCGGCACAUCCUGACGGGCAGGCGGUCUCCAACUUCCAUCGAACCCCCGCGCUCAACUCGACUCAGCAACCCGACUUGCCCUGGUCAACAACAUUACCACAGCAAGACAAGAAUAAUCUCGGGGCCCCGUUGCCCGACGAUGGCGCCGUGUUUGGCCGUGAGCUUCCCGCUGCGAGGCUAAACUCUCGCUCGUCCAGUGGGAGAUCCCCCUCCUCCAAAACCUAG